AUGCUUAAUAUAUCACCGAACAGUAGCUUUGUACGUGAUAUAUCAGGUAUAACAACUGAUCGUCUGAAAAAUUUACUUAAUCAAACAUCUCAACGUCAAUCGAUUAAUCAUGAUAAACAAUUAACACAAAAACGAAUAUUAUUUAGUAUAAUUUUUCUAUGUCUUGUUCAAAUAAUUGUUCCAGACAGUUUUUUGCAUGUAAAUGAAAAAACAUGGAAUGCAAAAAAAUUCAUUGUUGUCGCUUGUAUACUUUAUACUAUUCGUGUAUUCAUACAUUAUAUACAUAUAUCAUUAGCUAAAUACGUAUUUUUAACAAAAACUGAAUUAAAACAACUUGGCCUAUUUGCACCAGAACCAGGAUUUGUUGUAUGUGAUGCUCCUCAAGUAGCUGAAGCUGCUUUUAAUCGUCAUAAAUAUCUUAAUAGAUUUUUAUGUUGGAUUUCACCACAAUCAUUAUAUACAUCAAUUCUUGAUCAACAAAAAACACCUAAUCCAACUCUUCCAUUACGUGUACUUACGGCUACUCUUGCUGAUCGUAUAGCAUCUUUAAUAAAUAUUCGUUCAGUAACUUCACCAAAUAAAUUUGAACAACAGAAAGAUUUAUAUGAUCAUACUAAUUCAACUAUUGCUACUCCUGAUCCAUUAACAACAUUAAGAAAUAGUGUCUAUUGGCAAUCAUCUCCAGAAUCACCAUCAACAAAUGUAAGCGAUUGUUCACGUUAUUUAAAUGAAUUUGAACGUGAAGCAUUAGAUUUAUCAAAUGCAAGUCAUAGUCGAAGUUUAAAUGAAUCAUUUUGUCGAAGUCCUAUAAUUUCAACCAAUGCUAUGAAUGAUACUGUAGCUGAACUUCGAUCACGUCCAUAUCAAAUGGCACAUGUUCGUUCAGCAACAAAUCAAAAUGGAUCAACAGUAGUCGAUGAUGAUGCACGUAAAUCGGAUUAUAAAAGAAUUAUUAGUAGCAGUAGUGGAUCUGGUAGUAGUCAAACAGGUGGCACACAAAAUACAGUAAAAUGGCGUAAAGUACGUAUUGAUGGACCACAAUUGUUUGUUUUACGUGAAAAUAUGCGCAAAUGGCUAACGAAAACAAUUCUCAUUCCAUUAACACGUGAAAUUGAAAAUGUUAAUCAAUCAUUAAUUGCUCUUGGUCAUACAGAUAUUGUCAUUGGAAAAACGACAACUAAUGAAAUAAAAUCAUUUAUUCGUUCAUGUACAAAUACGACAUUAGUCUCUCAAUUAAAUGAAAUAUUACCUAAUUUUGAAAUUCAUGCAAAUCAAGAAUAUAUUCUUUCUCGAAUACAAAUCUUAGCUCGUACAUAUAUGUCGGAUUAUAAUUGGAAAUCCGGUGUAAUUACUGAUGCUGAACUUGUAUUUAAUUUAUUUUGUAUUUAUUUUGAUCGACGUCUUACACCAGAUCCACGAUUCUUAGAUGGAAAAGUAUUUCGUGGUAAUUAUGUUGUACGACAAGCACAAUUAACAAACACAGCUCGAUAUCCAACAGCUUUAUUUGUCUAUCAAGAAAAACCACCAGUUUAUAAAGUUUUAUCAAAUGGUGAAAUUCAUGACGUACCAGCAGGUGAUCAUAAUUUGCUUGAUUGUCUUCUUCUAUUUGUUGAAUGUGUUAAUUCGACUCGAAAUGGGCAUCUUGGAUCAUUAAAUUUAGGUGCUAGUGGUGUGGAUAUUUUAUGGACUAUUAUGUCACCACCAUUAACAUAG